AUGCCACCCGUGGUAUGGUAUGGAUAUUUUCUGGAAUCACCCAAUGGGCCUCAUCACCAUUACACAACUGUGCUGUUGUACCUAGCACAGGUAGACAAGGCCUUCAGUGUAAAGUUAAUGGAGUACAACCAGUUUGAGGCUGGCAAGGGAAAAACAGUCCUGGACACCCACUUUACCCGUGUCUCCCAUAAGACAGUACGAUGGGUAAGUGUCGGGAAUGAUUUGGAUACUAGAGAGAAACUUGGAAAUCUCUUGGAGGUAAUUUCAACAUUGUAUUUAUCGAAUGGGCUCACAUGACUAGGUACAAACACGAGGGAUUUUGGGAGAAUCUGAAAGUUCAUGUGAAUCUGAUCCAUACAGUUUACAUACGGGUACUUUCAACUCCCCCAAAAUUCCUUCAAUGUUUAUGCCAAGUUUUUGAAAGCACAAAGCAGUGAUUUCUUAUUUAUUUGUGAGAUCAUCACCCAAGUUUUAUGCGACCUUAUGUCUAUUGUUUUUUCUAUGCUUAUGCAUGUAUUAUUUUAGAUACAGCCAGUAGUAGAUUCCCAACAGUUUCCACUGGUUUUCUCCCACCUGUUUGAUAUAUUUCUCUCAAAGAAUGAGUUUGUGAGAGGAUCCUUUUAUUCUUUUCAGACAAUGAAGAAUGUGAAGUUGAAACAAUUGAUUGAUCGCUCAUUUAAAGCCCUUGCAAAAAUCGGCACUUUCAAAGACAUCUCAUUCUUUGGCACUUUCGUGUUUCCUUUGACUGGGCAAUACAAAGGAGGCAUCAUACCAGGGAAAAGGUGCGAGCAAGACCAAGGCACAAGUUUAGGGUCUUUUGUCCCGAACAUUGCCAAUAGUUGGAGCUACAGGUGCUUCUGUCACAGAGGACGUUUGGAAACCAUCAGACACAACAGUGGAUGGACGGGUUGUACAAAAUGAGUUGUACUCAGUGAAAUUCAUUCAGGAACCCCUGAGGAUGCAGUGCGGAGACCUCCUGCUGAACCUUCAGCCAAUGAUGACCUCAGACCUGUACCUGUAUUUGCCCUUAACAAAGGUGGGGCUAAGGUAACCAAAUGUACAAAGGAGCAGAAAGACAUCAUGAUUGCAUCCUAUGAUCGCCAAAAGACAUCUCUGAUAAAAGCAAACCCAGCAGAUGUAAUUCAAGCAAUGAGAGCUGCGGGUGUUUCAGAACUGAAAGAGUCCCAGAUGAAAAGUUGGUGGAGCUGCUACCAUCGUAAAUAGAAACAACUUGCAGAAAACAUGAUUGAGGAAGCACUUCAACUGAGAAGUGAACAGCAAGGUAGUAUUACUGUAUUCUUAUAACACAUGUGAGCAGAUUUACUGCAGACCUUUUUUCAGGGCCAAGGAUGGUGGAUUGUCAACUAUACCCCGCCAUGAUCUCACACUGUACUUAAACAUGCCAUGGACCAGACAAUAGUUUUAUAGGGUGAAAUUGAGGAAACGUGUUAAGGCCCUGUUUACAUGUUUGUGUAUGAAAGACCAGUCUUUCUUUUACCAAUAUUUGUACAGUACACUGGAGACGAAGUAAAAUUUAGACUUUUAACAUAUUGAGCUGUACACCCCCAAUUUUAUUGUUGAAUCCUCUGGGCUCCCUAUGAUUUUAUCUGGAGCAGAGCCUUAGUGGGUGGCAAAACUCCAUCUUUUCAGGUUAGAAGUAACAUGUAGUGAAAUCUAUUUUAUCACAUACAUACUGAGAUUUACUCACAGUUUUCUUCAUAAGAAAACCUACUUAAAAAUUCUGAUAGCCAAUCACAGCAGCAAAAUGGCUUUCUCACAUGUGCGUAAAGCAUUUCGUCCAAUCAGGAGAGCCUUGUCAAAACAUACCACACAUUUCAUUCAACAAGUUCAAGUUCUUUGCAUGCAAACCUCCAUAGCCAGAAAACUUUGUGUACCAAAAGCACAAAAAUACUUGCACUUUUAACAAUGGCUCAAGGAUCCAUGAGAUUUAAACAUUUAGAAAAAUCAAUUGAUGAUUAUAUUAUCGAGUAGCAAAACAAAAAUACGAAAGCUAAGAUGGCGAGAGAUGUGAAGCUACUCAUUGAAUUUCUGAGACAAAAACACGAGCAAAGAAAUCCUGAAGACACCAAAGCCAAGGAAUUAAACGAAUAUCUCUUCAAGUUUAUCCUUAGUGUGAAACGAAAAGAUGGCAAAGACUUUGAACCUUUAGCUCUUAGAGGUCUGUAUUCAAGUUUCAAUCGACAUUUGAAAGAAUGUAAAUAUCCCACCAGUGUCAUUGACGACGUUGCUUUUGAAUGCAAAAGAAAAUGUCUUGAAGCUAAAAACAAGCAACUUAAAAAGAAGGGCAAAGGCAACAGACCUAAUGCAGCAGAAGCACUAAGUGAUGAUGAGAUCAACAUUCUCCACGGAAAAAACCUCCUGGGAAUUUCAAAUGGAGAAGCAUUAAUAAACACACUUUGGCUCUUCAAUUCACUGCAUUUUGGUCCAUGAGGGUGUGGACAGCAUCGGCAAAUGUGGUGGGGAGACGUUCAGCUCAUGAAAGAUGCAGAUGGAACUGAAUAUUUACAUUUUUCUGAUAGACAAACUAAAACCAGAAGUGGAGCUGAUCCACCUAAUGUCUGACCGAUCUAACCUAAAGCUUUUGCGACUGCAGAUUUACCGCAUGAACGAGAUCCUGUUGUUGUUUUCAAGAUAUAUUCUGAAAAGAGACCAGAGUCCAUGAACAAACCAGAUGCAUCCUUUUAUCUUGGUGUUAAUCAUACUACAAAAAACUCUGAUAAAAGUUGGUUUAAAGCCAAUGCAAUGGGAGUCAACGAACUUAACAUUCUAAUGAAAACAAUGGCUGAGAAGGCCGGCCUUGACAACUCUCACCUUAUGAAAUACAGCACUCAAGAAAAACAGAAAAGUAUGUCAAGAAUAUUGAGUGGCUCGACUUCAAUGGUUCAAACUGAAACGCACUCUCUCGUCAAAACAACCCAAAGGAAGUCCAAUGCUGACAGCAGCAGGGCUAUUCAAGGGUAAUGUGUUUUAUGGAGGAAAUUUCACCAUCAAUAUCAGCUUGUCCUCGUCUCCAACAGAAGCACAAAAACAACAAACUUAUAAAUGAAUAAAACGCAUAUUUGACGAUGACAGUCCUCCUUUGACAUAGAAAGAGUCAGCUUCGUUGAAAAGCUAAGUGCUUAUUUUUGUUGAGCUUUUCCUCCUUUUUAGUCAGCAUAUUUCUUGAAUGGAUACUUACGAAAAACUAAUUCGUUAUUGUGAAAUUGUCAUGCUGUAUGCUUAGUUCAACUCAGCAUUUUACUUUACUAUGUCAAGCCUUGGUUUAACUUGUCAGACACUUUUUUCUAAGUUAUUUAGAAAGCUUCCAAAACUACAUGGAUACUUGUAAAAGCGAUUGGAAAAACUUUCCUAUAACCCCAUACGUCAAUUAUGCAUUCGAUCUCAUUAAUUAUGUAUCCCUGCUAUUGUCUUCCAAGACAAUGGUGAAUUCCCCAGAGUAUUGUAUAUAUACAGUCGACUCCCGAUAACUCGAACCUUCAAGGGAAAUCGAAAAAAGUUCGAGUUAUCGAAGAAAAUAGCCGAGAGUAAGGUAAAAAUCAGUUUUUACCGUUUUUAAUCACAUUUAAUAGUAGCUUUGUCAAGUGAAAAUUAAAAGAUACCUCUAGAUUAUAAAUCAGAACAUAACGUAACAAAACAAAGCCUAAAUGGAGCAUGCGUUUUACUGUUUUGAGAAGAAAAGCUGCUUCACGUUAGCCUGUGACAAUCAACAUGAGCCUCCAUUAGUAAAUUAUACUCCUACAACACAUUGAUAGGAAAUCCAAAAUUCAAUGUUUCGGAUGCAGAUGACUUUUUUCCCGACUUUUUAAGGGCUCAAAACGUAGUUCGCGUUAUGGAGGGUAAAAUUAUAUAGAAAAUGACCAGAGGGGAAACGAAAAUUGGUUCCAGUUAGCGGGAAUUUGAGUUAUCGAGGGUUCGAGUUACCGAGGGUAAAAUUACAGUAAAUGUAUGCCAGAAAUCUCGAGUUAUCGGGAGUCGACUGUACAUCGGUAAUGAAUACUUACUGCGUUAAUAAAAGAGGAUUUUAAUUUUUUUUUACUUCUGUUUCGCUCUUAUUUCCCCUCUCUUUCCCCGGCCACUCUCUUCAGUGCUCCCCAAGUUUCCUUUUUCCUUUUUUCCUUGGCCGUCAGCAAGAUUUGAACCAACGCUCCUCUUUAGCUCUGGCGUUCCUGUCUCUCUACCAUACCACUAGACCACGACAAUUUCUUGAGAUUUACCGGAUGAAAGAAAGAUAUCUUUUUGCACGCUUAAGUUCAAAUAUACAUAACAUUACAACUGAAACAUGAGAUCAUGUAUAUUAUUCAGGCUUUUGCUUGUAACAUAUCCACGAAAAAAUACAUCAAUGCAGGCAAUAAAAAGCACGCACACUUCAGAAAUGCUCUUUCCCUGUAUUUUCAUCGGCAGACAACAGCUACGGCUCACCAAAUGAACUUUUUGAAGCUAUCAAAAUUUCUGGCGGAUCACAACCGGUGCAUAGAGUGGUGUAAGGAGAACUACCUACUCGCAUCGUCAUUGAAAUGUCUUAGAGCUUUCACGCUUAGAUUUAGCAGUUUUUCCUGAUAACUGAAUAUGACUGAGUUCAACUGUAGGGUUACUGAUUCCAUAGACCAACAAUUACAAUGCAGUAAGUUGGUAAGUUGCACAUGACAUGGAAAAGAGUUGUGUAUUCCAAGGACACAAUAAUGAUAGAUUUCUUUCCCAACCCAUACAGUUUCAACGCCAUGUUAAAGCCCGGCAGCUGGAGCUGUGGCCAUUCGGGAUAUCGGGAUUCUGGUUUGCCUUAGACAACUCACCAAAUCCACAGCAAAUCCGAAAUGCCCUGUGGGUUGGAGGGAAUUUCAGGCAUCAACUAUUUCUGUCAACAUUGCCCUUGACCACAUUACAAGCAAACUUGCUGUGGAGUGCCAAAGUCAAAGAUGUGACUGGAAAGGGAAAUAUGCAAGGGCAUGAGCUCACCAAACCAAUGCACCAAGCUGCUUGUGCAAACAAGGGAUGCACAUUCUGUAAGGCUUGAGAAAAAAUGCCGCAGCACAGAAAAUCUUGCAGCAAGAGGGAGAUCCCCUUUGUGGUGAUCUUAUAGUGUGGGAUUUGUCGCGGGAGCACAGACAAUUCCAGUGUAUAAACGCCACCAGACCAUAUCCCUUAGGCUGCGGGAAAAUAUUUCCCAGAUAACUAUGCUAUUAAUUUUAGUGACACUCUUAAUGUGUAGCCAGUAUGGUAGGUUUUCAAAAGAAGUAUGAAUGGCAUUUUCGCAAACGUGCUGAAGGUAGGGUGAAGGAGAACCUUUACUUAUUCUUGUGCAUCAUUCGCACUUUCCACAAGCCCAAAUCCUCGUCCCCAGCUCCUUCCCUUUCGGCUAGUUUGAAUUUUUUAAGAGUGUUUAUAAUUGUAGAGCGAAAGUAGUCAGAAAGGCCAAAAAAGUGUCAGAUUCUACUUAGCAUUUAUGCAGUUAAAAGAUUGAACAACAUUUUUAUUUGUCUCAUCAUCAAGAUGAUAUAUAUUUAUAGAUGAUUACUUGACAUUUCCUAUGGUUAAGAAGGGUAUAGAUUUCAGAAAGGUCAUAAAUAAUGAGCAUAUUUAAGGAUUGUCUUAAGGAAAUUGAUACCACAUGCAAGACCCAUUAUAAUAUUUAAAAAAAUUGUGCCCAGUUGAGGUAAAAACAAUAACUCAAAAAUUCAAUAGCCUGACUCAUGCGUGAAAAAAUAAUGAAACUUCCAAUGUUGAAAGGGAGUCCAGCUUUUACUUAUGAUAUGACUUGAUAUUUGAAUUGGGCACUUACACUCUUGGAUCUAAGCUAAUAUAAUAAACUAUUUAUCAAUCUUGAAGUUACCCAAUCCAUUGAUCGCACAGGAACACAAAGAAAAUACCCUUGUUCAAGGAUCAGGAUCCUCAAUAAAACAAUACCAGCGGAAAGUAAGAAUGACUUAAAACAUCCGCUUUCAAUCCACAACACUUUUGACCAAAAUCUACCAUAACUGUACCAAUAAGUGAGACUACAAGAACUCCCUCUAUCUUCAUGUUGGAUCCCCCUCCCAAAAAAAGUUCAGUACAUAACAUAUUUAGUUGCUGUUAACAGAGAGAGAAGUUGGUGGUUCUUUUUGCCCUUGCUUCAGCAGGUCACGGUUCUGAGUUGGCAGCUCAUGACCUCAGAUUUUGGAAGUUCCAUCCUGAGGGAGUCAAGUUUAAUCUUCCAGAACUCACCAAGUCUGUUCGUGUUUUCAUGUGAGCUUCCCUCAAGACAAGCUGUUGUGUCCUUGUGAGUGCCACAAGGUGUACGGGUCUCUCACAGCCACCUUUAGACCUGUAGAUCCUGCACAGCCUAAUAAGAUUUUUCUAGCAACUAUCAGACCACACAACACAGUUAAGUCUCCAACAUUAGCACAUUGGAUCAAGAAUCUGUUAGUUAAGUCAGGUAUUGAUUCUAACAUUUUUAAAGCUCAUUCUACUAGAGGGGCUGCAUCUUCUACCGCCACAAGGGCGGGGUUGUCAGUAGCGACAUUAUAAGAAUGGCUGACUGCUCAACUGAUAACACCUUUCGAAGGUUUUAUUACAAGCCUGUCCAUGAUCCAUCUUUUGGCAGGACAAUUCUUACUCUAGCAUAGGGUUUGAAGUAGCACUGUUAUAUUAAGGCCACAUUUAUGAAGUGCAAUUGCAGAUUAUGCAAGACCAAUAGGGUUGUAGUAUAAGAUGAAUUGCACGAAUAAAUGGAGACAAAAUAGAACAAUGCUCCCACCCUCUCCUCCCCUGAUUGUUAUUUCUUCUUCUCUUCUUUCAAAGGUUCGCUCAGCAAACAGACGAGGAUAGUGGGGUGGACCCGAUUUUCCCAUUCUAUUUAUUUAUUUUCUUUACAUUACUGUAAUUUUGAGCGAAGUUAAUGAAGGCAAAGCGUUGUUACAUUUCAUCUCCAUUUAUUUCUACAAUUCUUCUUAUACUACAACCCUACCUGUCUUGCAUAAUCUGCAAUUCCAGGUUGUACUGCCAGACAAGACUUGCAUAGGUUUAAGGUCUAAUGCCUAAACCUUCAAAAAACUGCAGAGAUUGAAAUUAACGUUCAGAUUCUCCAUAAGUCAAACUGGCUGCAAUAUCAAGUCAAAAUGCCAGCAAUGUAAAACAGUGUGUCCAGCAGCAUGGUUGCGCAAAGAAAUAGGAACAUAGGAAACUCAGGAUUCAGAAAAUAGGAAACUUUGUAUGAAAAAUAGGACAAAAGAAGGAAAAUCAACAGUACUUUCGUCGGCAUAGGCUCCCUGCACCCCAUCAGGGUUAUAAUACAGGCUACACUAAGAACUCCUUUUUAUAAAAAUCUCAUGAAAAUGUUUUGAAAAACCCAUAAACCCGUUUUCAUGGCCAUGAAAAGAGCGAUUCCAGAUUUCAUGGUACUAAAUUAAGUCAUGAUAUUUCCAUGAAAUUCUCUACCAGUUAUUUUCAUGGACCAUGAAAAGUUUACAAAGCCAUGAAUAUGGAUUUUCAUGUGUCAUGAAAAUCUCAUACUUUACACCGUUAAAACUUAGGUCAAUAAAGUUUAUGAUGACACAAAAUGAUGCAAAAAAAAUUUUGUGAUUAAAAACAGUAACUUGUUAGUCCAAAGAACUAGCUUCAUAGACUCCUCUUAGUAAAAUUUAUUACACUGUUUGUUUCAAUCUCUUGUAACUUAAAGUUGCACUUUAUGAUUCAACACGAUUAUGACUCCUUAGUAUUAGGAAGGUAAUGUUCUGGUUCUCUGAAGACUGAAGGUCUCGUUGUUCGUAUUCUCUGACAUCAUAUGAAAUUGAAAAAAAAUGUGGGAACUGUCCAUGUUGCCUCAAUGUCUUUCCAUAGUUGUCUUAUUCUUUUUUUAGGCUUAGUGAACGACAAAUAAAAAUAGGGAAACUGACUUCAGUCCAAACAAAUUGCCUUUGGGUCUGUUCACUUGUACUGCAGCUACUCCUGUGUUUUAAUACUAGUAGUAAACUGCAGGUAUUCAGUGCAUGCAAACCACAUGCAUAGUAACUUGUUAAUGCAUUGAAGUCAUUUUGCCUAAAUGUCCAUUCGCCAAUUGAUUUGCCUGGUCACAUACAACACUCUUUAGUACACAACACGCCUUGGAUUCCACAGCUGCGAUUUCCCUAGGAAGAUUGAAGGGCCUCUGCUCGAGUUACCUAUUCACUGUCCAUAAUAUCGAAGUCUGCAUGUACCUCAGCGAUCGCAAAGUUAGCUUCGUAAAUUCUGAGAUAUUUUGUGUGAAAUUUUCUUAUCGGAAAAAAAGCUUUUGAUCCACCAGUGUAGUAAGCAACUGGAAUAUUCAAAGUGUCUUCUUGUACCUGAGCGAGUCCAAACAGAUUUGUUGUCAUUUUGUUCCAUGGUCAGAUCGUUCCAAAAAAGUCAGUUUGUUCCAUAUGUUAUAUCUAUUUUCUAAAUGUGUAAAUGUUAUCUGAGUACAGAGUAGCGAUAGGAACAUGGAUGAAAGUAUUUUCAGGACUAUUUACAUAAUGUUGAGAGCACCAUAUGUUAAUUUCACCACGCAUUGCUGAACGAUGUGAGAACUAUUGAUGCAAUGGCAAGAGCUUGUGUUUGUCAGAUUAAUCUGUUUGUCGAUUUUUGACCAAAACACAGAAAAUAAAAUAAAGUACUACGUAACCUGCGUGUUUGUUAGCUUGAUGUAAAGUGGUGUUAGAUUAAACAGCAAGAGAAACCUGUCACGCUUUAUGCCGGUUUCCGGCACUACUUGUCGAGUUCAAAUUUCGGUGUGACAUUCCAGUUCGCUAACAUGCCAAAUUCGCUGGGUAUGUUAGUUCACAGUUUAGAGUUCGUUUGUAUCCAUAAACCACAAGCAAUAUCUAUAAUUUGUACUCCUUAAUCCCAUUGCUGUAAAAAGAUAUGAAGGUUUUGAUAACCGCAAUACAACAAACAUGGUGCGGCUUUAAUUAUAAGAUUUUGUUUCCCGACUUUUCACAUGUUUAUAACAUGGUUCGAGUUAUCGAGGGUAAAAUUGUAUAGAAAUGAUCUGAAGGGAAACGAAAAUUACUUAGAGUUAGCAGGAGUGUCCUUACAUUACAGUAAAUGUGAGCAGGAAAUCCAAUCCACCCACGGACCUACCAUAGUGAUCCACUGUAGUUGACGAUCUACGUUGCACCGGCAAAGUCAACUACGGUAAGUCUUGGACAUUUUUAAAGGGAAUUCGAAGCUCGACAUGUAUCUGUAACACUUAAUGUAAUUUACUUACAUGUUCUGAUAUUUUCUCUGUUUUCCUGUUUCAGAACACUGCAGAGGAUGAACCCUCUCAUUGACCAAUCUUGGACCCUGCACGUGAUGAAUCAUCCAUCACUGACCAAACACCCAUCAACCGCUCCAUUCACUUUAACAUUUAAAAUCAUUGAAGACUCCACUUGAAAAGCCAGACCAAAACUAAUUGACAGCAGGGGAUACAGCUAUGGUGUAAAAAUGUUAAGUCAAGGCCACUGACUGGAUAUGCACCAGAAGACCCAAGGUGAAUAUAAUUUCAUUCGCUUUUAAUAAAAUUUAUUAGCAACAUUCGAACUAUGGAAUUGUUCUUUUCUGCACUAGCAGAUGAAAAUGUGAAUUUUUGUCUUGAAAACCUGGCAGGAUUUACUGCGCACUGGAAAUUAUUUAUUCUUAUCAGGCAAACGUUACAUCUUUAUUACAAAGAACAAGUGCUUUUCCCCUAGUGCAAAUAGGUCCUAAUUGCCUUUUGUAUAUAUCUUUUACCAGUUAAAUCCAUGCAACGCAAGUAUAAUUGAAUGGUCUGCCUCAUUCCACUUUGAUUCAAAUGCCCACAACCUCGCAGCAGAAGUUGGAACAACAUUAGCCGCCAGCAUUACAGCAAAAGUCAAGCCCAAAGCAGCAGUCGAUAUUUUCAGACCAGCAUCUGCCAUUGUGGAAGAGGUCCUGUUAGAAGACCUGACGGACGACACUUGUCCGUGUUUUCCAAAGUGGGAAUACAUAGCCCAAGUUGCCAGCCGACACCAACAGUGCCUGAGACCACAAGAUCCAACAGACCUUAACUUCAACGUAGAGGAAGACCACAUUCCAGACGGGUUCCUGCAAGGAGACAUACAAGUCUGCCGCUGUAGGCAUCUGAUGUUCGCCACUGAUCAGCAGCUAUAG